AUGUAUAAAGUUAUUAGAGGUCUCUGUACGGCUAGGACAAAGAUGUAUACAGUUAUUACAGGUCUCUGUACGGCUAGGACAAAGAUGUAUAAAGUUAUUACAGGUCUCUGUACGGCUAGGAAAAAGAUGUAUAAAGUUAUGACAGGUCUCUGUACGGCUAGGACAAAGGUGUAUAAAGUUAUGACAGGUCUCUGUACGGCUAGGAAAAAGAUGUAUAAAGUUAUUACAGGUCUCUGUACGGCUAGGAUAAAGGUGUAUAACGUUAUGACAGGUCUCUGUACGGCUAGGAAAAAGAUGUAUAAAGUUAUGACAGGUCUCUGUACGGCUAGGAAAAAGAUGUAUAAAGUUAUGACAGGUCUCUGUACGGCUAGGAAAAAGAUGUAUAAAGUUAUGACAGGUCUCUGUACGGCUGGGAAAAAGAUGUAUAAAGUUAUGACAGGUCUCUGUACGGCUAGGAAAAAGACGUAUAAAGUUAUGACAGGUCUCUGUACGGCUAGGAAAAAGAUGUAUAAAGUUAUGACAGGUCUCUGUACGGCUAGGAAAAAGAUGUAUAAAGUUAUGACAGGUCUCUGUACGGCUGGGAAAAAGAUGUAUAAAGUUAUGACAGGUCUCUGUACGGCUAGGAAAAAGACGUAUAAAGUUAUGACAGGUCUCUGUACGGCUAGGAAAAAGAUGUAUAAAGUUAUGACAGGUCUCUGUACGGCUAGGACAAAGAUGUAUAAAGUUAUGACAGGUCUCUGUACGGCUAGGAAAAAGACGUAUAAAGUUAUGACAGGUCUCUGUACGGCUAGGAAAAAGAUGUAUAAAGUUAUGACAGGUCUCUGUUCGGCCUAUGCCACAGCCUUUUAA